AUGUCACCAAUAACACGUAGUAUAACCAGUCUUCAUCGUAUUUGUAAUCCAAAUUUUCCUACAUAUCGAGAUUUAGAUGAUGCUUAUAAUUUCUCCGUUCCAUUUAUCGAAGAUGAUGCAAAAAAAUAUUUACAAAGAAUCUUGGAUACCGAUGAAAUGCGUGAACUUUACAAUCCGAUAUCGGAAGAAUAUUGGAUCGUUAAUAAUGUUGAUGCUCUUAAUCAAGUGGUUUAUUAUAAAAUGAAAAGAAGUUUAUUUAGAAAAUAUAAACAACAAUUUAUUAAUGCCGGAAUUGAAUUAGAAUUCUUAAAAUGUCAAAAGAGUGAAAUUGGUUGUGAUAUAUUUUGUUCAAAUUAUAUCAGUAAGCAAAAUUCUACUGUUUCAAAUUUAUCAAAUUUAUCAAGUUUUUAUUAUGAUUCAUCAGAUGAUACCAACAAUCAUAAUAAUCUUAAUAAUCUCUACAAGAUUAAAAUUCGUGUUAAAAAGGAUGAAUCUUCCCAAACAGUUUUGGGUGAUUACGUAGAACGUCCACACCGUCGACAUUUACAAUAUUCACAAUAUUCACAAUAUCCAAAUUAUUCAAAUCAUCUGAAUCAUGGAGCGGUAAAAUCUCAAGUUAAAGAAUUUAUUGAAAGUGAAAUGUCAAGAAUUGCUGCUGGCGAUAUUUCUUCUAAUCAAAAUUAUUUAAGUAAUUCGAUUGAUGAAAAGAAUGGAUUAGCAGGAUUAGUAAGGAAACAAUUAAACGAGGUUCUUCAUGACCAACUUUCUAAAAUGAUGGAUGGAAUUAGUACGGAUUAUGCACUUUAUUCUGGAGGUGCACGUAUAAUUCCUCAUAUAACUUCACGCGGUUAUGAAGAAUGGCCAAGUAAAGGAUAUCAAAAAUUAUGGGGAAUGUUGACUCAUCGAAAUGUGAUAAAAUCAAAUAAUGCUGAAGUAGUUAUAUCACCUAAUGUUAAUGUAGGUGAAUGUUGGUGUUUUAAUGCUACUCGAGGUCAAAUUGCCAUAAGAUUAUCUCGAAGCAUUGUAAUCACUCAUAUCACUUAUACUCACAUUGGAAAAGAAGUUGCUAUUGAUCCAAUAAAUUUCAAUUUAUUCUUGGGUAAAUAUGAAUAUGAUUUAGAAAAAAGACCAACUCAAUCAUUUCAAAUACCCGAAAAUCAUCGUAUAAGAGCAAUUUUGAUGAAAAUAUUAAAUAAUCAUGAAAACCCUAAAUUUACUUGUUUAUAUAGAUUACAAGUUCAUGGAGAUUUACCUUUGUAA